CCUACUCCCCCACCCACCCACCCUACCCUACCCAGCCCUGGACCAGGCCUCCGAGACGCAGACAUAUACCCCCUCCAGUACUUUAUCUUGCCCUACCUAGACAUAGCCCUCACCAACCUCACCUCUACCCAUCCUUACCCUCCAAUAGUCUUAGCCAAUACACCCUAGACUAACACAUCUCUACAACACUGACUGACACCUCAGCCAAGCCGCUUCCCCUGUCCUAACGUCCUGGCACAUCUAACAUAGUACUACUCCACCAUGCCCCACCCACCCACCCUACCAUACCAAGCCCCAUACAAACCUGUUUCGUCGUCAAAGCCACACAUACCCUGCCUCCUCCUCAUCCAUCCACCCUACUGCCCCUAUGUAUCAUUAGAAAAACGUGUGGCUUCUGUUCUAUUUUUGUUGUCUUUAUCAUCAUAAAUUAUAUACGUGUAUAAUUCUUAGUUAUUAGUCUAUUUCUGUUAAACGAUUUGAUCUGUUUCAGUGUUCUCAAGCUCUAUUCUGUCCCCCCAAUUGUGUGAUCUGUAGCCUACUUUUCUUCUUUCACCAUGUCUGUCUGUCUCUGUCUGUCUGUCUGUCUGUCUGUCUGUCUGUCUGUCUGUCUGUCUGUCUGUCUGUCUGUCUGUCUGUCUGUCUGUCUGUCUGUCUGUCUGUCUGUCUGUCUGUCUGUCUGUCUGUCUGUCUGUCUGUCUGUCUGUCUGUCUGUCUGUCUGUCUGUCUGUCUGUCUGUCUGUCUGUCUGUCUGUCUGUACGACGCUGUCAUAGACACACUAACAAACAAAACAGUCUGAAAUCCAGAUUAAACUUCACCGAAUGUAAGCAUAACACCCAGGUUUUUUUUAAAUAAACUUUUUUGUUGUUCUUUUACUACCCUUUCCCCAUUCCUUACUGUCUAGUUUCCUUCAGUCACUGGUGUCUGUUUGCAUGUUUCUAUUGUUCCCUCAGUGUGAGCUCACUGGAUAGUUACAGUGCUUGCCAUGAAGUUGAUUGGUCAAAUCAGAGCGUGCCCCCAACAUAGGGAGGAGAGUGCUAUUUUUGGUACCUUUUUCAUGGCAUUAGAAGUCAUAUCAGAAUCAGAGAGACUUUGGCCUAGAUCACAGGAGGGUGGUGACGGGAGGACGGCUCAUAAUAAUGACUGUAAUGAAGUGAAUGAGAUGGUAUCAAACACAAUAAAACCAUGUGUUUGAUGUGUCAAUACCAUUUCAUUCAUUCCAUUCCAGCCAUUACUAUGAGCCCAUUCACUCCAAUAAAGGUGCCAGCAGCCACCUGUGGCCUAGAUUCACUAAGAUCAAGCGUUAACCAGUGAUAGUCGACACCCGCACAGCUGGCGUUUUAGCCGUGUCGCAGGUUUAACUGCAUUACAGCUGUUAAGUCAGAGAGGUUGCUCAUGUGGUCAUUGUCACGAAGCCACACCGGUCCCACUCGCAUUACAAGUUCAGAAUGAGUAAAUCUAGGCUAUAUAGAAAUUACAUGACACUCAAAUUGAGAAUCAUUAAACUAAAUAAUUAGAAUUUCUAUCAGCCUAAUCGAGGUGUAAAUUAAAUAUCACAUUCCAGUGUUUGAACUUGUAAACAAGUUGUAAACAAGAUUGCAUGGGAUUUCUCUUAAUGCGACUCCGUGUAGCCAAUGGCAAUGUCCUCCUUUAGGUAUAAUGCCGGGAGCCGCUUGUGGAUUUGAACACUUCCUUAGUUUAACAGAUGGCAACUCUGUUGACAUUGAGACUCUUUUUCUGUAUUCCUUCUCUUUCUUUCUAUUUCAUUCUCAUUUUUAGGUCUUUGUCUUUGUGUGGUGACCACUUAAAAGUUUGAAUUUAGCUUCGUACACACAUAUAUGUAUUUAAAGACAGAAGCUAUAAAGUUUCUACUAUAAUGUCAAGAUAGUGUUUUAGUGUUUUUGUGCCUUGGUACUUUGUCUUAUCUACCCAGUAGAUGCAGAUUGUAUUCCUGUGUUUUAGAUGUUACUCCAUAGUGCUGGUGUCUGUUUUGUUUUUUGUUUUUUCCAGAGUGUAUGCACAAGUAUAAUGAAAUUGUUAGCAGGCCAGUACUGAUCUGUUGUUGCGCUUUAAAGAAAAAAGAAAAUGGAGAGGGAAAAAACGAUAACAUUUUCUAAGUUCCACUUUUGACAUGUAGCAUUUUGAAUAUUGUAAACAAAAGAAAUUGACACAAAAAGUAAUAUCUUUCAACAGUAUCUAAACAGGUGAUGGUGCUUUAUAGAUAUAACCAUCUUGCAUUUGUAGAGGCAACUUUAUAUGUUUCAUGGAUCCACUUUCAGUAACACUGUAUUUUGAUGUUAUUGUUCAUUUUUCUUGCUGAGAUUGUCUUUAAAGGUGAUUCAUAACAGACAUGAUGUGCCUUAACAUUGCCUUAAGGUUGUCUCAAUGUUGAUUCAGCCCAGUGUUAUGCCCUUCAAAUGCACAGAUUGUAGACGUAGACGUACAGUAGAUUGUCCAAUAAAACUACACUAGCCUAUACAAAUCCAGAUGUUUAGCUUGGAGAGCUCUAGUGUCAGAUCCAGUAUGUUGAGUAGAUGUAAUUAGAAGUCCAGUCCAAACAGAGAGACGCUCUAAAGGAGAGAAUUCAAGAAAGAUAAAGAAUCAGAUUCAGCACGUCGACCUAUGUGUCUGGCACUGUGUUGAUUUAAUGCGGGUUUAGGUUGUUAAUAAGAAACCAGAGGCUGUAAUGUGGUGUAGAGGGUGUUAAAUUAGUGAGGGUGAUACACUAAACACUUUAAAGACCAAUGGUCUAUAUCAAAUACUCACUUCGCUUGACAGCUUGGCAGAACAUGUUUUGUCAAUACAAAAAUCUCAAAAUUUAAACGGUUGAAUCUAAGAUUAUUUCUGGGUUAGAUGGCGCAAUAGUUAAAUAUAGACUUCGAGCAAUGGGCGGCAGAUACCUGUUGAAACCUGUUGAAACAGAUGCAGGUGGUGAUAGAGCUAUGAGACAGAGACGGAGAUAGAAGUGAGAUGGAGAACUGAGGGACAGAUAGAGAGGGACUGUGGUGCUGAACUGUGACUGACAGAGAGGGAUACAUCCUGCUCAGCCUGCCCACUGAUGCACUGAUCUCUUCACACGCUACUUCACUCGGUAGUCAGCUCAUCUCUCUCUCUCGGUCUCGCUCUCUCGCUCCCCCCCCUCUCUCAUCCCUCUCGCUCUUUCUCUUUCCCUCCCACGUUCAUUUUAAGGUACAUCCCUGCCAAGUUUAGCCACCUUGUCAACUCUAGCGCAUUCUAACAAAGACAAAACAUUGCUUCCACUGUUAAUGGAAAUAUAUCGACACAGUGAGUUCCUCCAAAGACAUGAGAAAAUAUGCUCCUUGUUUUCGUUGAGCCAAAGUGAAUGGAAUGUGGGACGUUUCCUCAAAUGACCCACAUCCCAGAUAAAUUAAACACAAGGAUAAAAUGUUAGGAUGUAUAAUUGUAUGUGUUUAUUUAUUAUGUGGGAACAAUGACAAAUUACAGAUAGUUAGAUCAGACCACUCUGUUAGCUGACAAGUAUCUGGUUUUGGUCCCUAUAUGCGCUGUCUAAAACCCCCAGAUAUGCAGUAUUUAACAUGUAAAAGCAAGCAAAAGUCCCAUGCUUUGCAUUUGUUAUAUUAAACUUAUAUGAGAUUAAAUGUCUCGUUAUUACUUGAAUUCUAAGCAUUAGAAGAAAACCAAAGUUAGAUAGAGAUUAAGUUCUCUGCCUCGCUGGCCACACUCCUGUUCCUGAUGGAGAGGAGGCUGGCCGCGCUCCUGUUCCUGACGGAGAGGAGGCUGGCCGGGCUCCUGUUCCUGACGGAGAGGAGGCUGGCCGGGCUCCUGUUCCUGACGGAGAGGAGGCUGGCCGCGCUCCUGUUCCUGACGGAGAGGAGGCUGGCCGGGCUCCUGUUCCUGAUGGAGAGGAGGCUGGCCGCGCUCCUGUUCCUGACGGAGAGGAGGCUGGCCGGGCUCCUGUUCCUGACGGAGAGGAGGCUGGCCGGGCUCCUGUUCCUGACGGAGAGGAGGCUGGCCGCGCUCCUGUUCCUGACGGAGAGGAGGCUGGCCGCGCUCCUGUUCCUGACGGAGAGGAGGCUGGCCGGGCUCCUGUUCCUGACGGAGAGGAGGCUGGCCGCGCUCCUGUUCCUGACUGAGAGGAGGCUGGCCGCGCUCCUGUUCCUGACGGAGAGGAGGCUGGCCGCGCUCCUGUUCCUGACGGAGAGGAGGCUGGCCGCGCUCCUGUUCCUGACGGAGAGGAGGCUGGCUGCGCUCCUGUUCCUGACGGAGUGGAGGCUGGCCGUGCUCCUGUUCCUGACGGAGAGGAGGCUGGGAUGUCAGAUGGAACUGCAGAUGGGGUGUGGCCUAAAUUGUGCUCCUGUAUGUGAAAUGAGUAGGCUAGAGAGAAGUCCCAAAAUGGUAACUGCAGAAGGAAGGCUAUCCACCAGUCCUAGCUGUAGCUACUGUGACACUUGAAGGGCCCAAAAAGUAAACAUACAAAUAUGAAUAAUUGAACAAUCUCAGUUCUCGUCCUCUUUAAAGACAAUAUCAGCAUUCUAGGCUACUAAAUAUAAUGAGGGUUGUUUUUUCCUUGGGAUAUGUUCUGCUUUUAUCCAUUACAUUUGUGGAUGUCUUAUAGUUAUUUUAGAUCAGUGGUUUCCAACCUUUUUUGGUUUCCGUACCACCAACUGAAUUUUGCUCUGCCCGGAGUAACACUGAAGUACCCCCUCAUGUGCAUUUGACCAGUAACCCUAUGGUCUCAUGUGCAUUUUACCAGUAACCCUAUGGUCUCAUGCAUUUUACCAGUAACCCUAUGGUCUCAUGUGCAUUUUACCAAUAACCCUAUGGUCUCAUGUACAUUUUACCAGUAACCCUGUGGAUAGGCCAAGUACCCCCAGGAGUCCUAGUACCCCUGGUUGGGAACCACUGUUUUAGAUGAUCCUAUGAUUUAUAUUGAAUUCAUAUUGACAUUAUUAUAUUGUUAUUAUUUUUGUUAUUACUGUAUGGGCAACUGAACCCAAUAAGAAGACGUAUUUCUGCACUGAUAUCUUAUUAAAGCGUACUGAUCUUA